AUGGCAGAGAUCAAGCAGCUGAAGGCCAAGCAAGGAGGUGGAAGAUUAGAGGAAGUCAUGAUAGAAGCUAAUACUACUCCUCUAGUCCCAAGAUUAUCCAAAGCUGAAAUCCCUAAGAAAUGUCCGAUCCCAGCAUUUGAAUGCUACGAUGGAUCCAGCGAUCCCGCGGCCCAUCUUCGGUAUUACAAUCGUAUGUUGGCUCGAUGGGAUCAGGACGACGUGGUCCUCUAUAGAUAUUUCCCUUCGAUCUUGAAGGGAUCGGCUCUGUCCUGGUUUGAUAACCUACCUCCCAACUCCAUCGGAUCGAAUGAGCAACUCACCGAAAAGUUUUUAAGAACUUACGUGUAUAACAAGGUCGUCCACGUUGGGAUGGACAAGUUAUUCUCAUUAGACAUCAGAUACAAGGAGACGACCAGGGAAUACACGGAUAGAUGGCAUAAGAUAUGCCAGGCUGUAGGGAAUGUGUACCCAGUGGUCAGCAUUAACUUCUACAAGUGGGGUUUAGACAGGAUGAGCCUGUUGUUUGUCGAGAUUCAUGGGAGUGUACCCACGACGGAAGGGGAUCUUCGAGUAAUCAUCGAAAAACACGCCAGGUUGGAAGAAAUCCAACGAGAAAAUCUGAGGGUCCAUGCUCAAAGAUCUCAUCGAACUCACUUCACAGAGCAGGCCAGUGGAUCGAAAAGAAGUUCGAUUGAACGCCCAUACGAAACGAUGAUCGAAGGUUCGAAGAUCGAGUCUACACGAAGCUAA